UGUGCAGCCGCCAUAUUCUGUGACAAGUAUUUUGAUUCGUAUCUGUUGGAAGUAAGAAAAGAGAAAUUAAGGGGGAGUAGAGGGGGUAAAGAAGAAGAGCUGUCAAAUAAUUCCCGUGUCUCUGAAACAUCGGGGGCUGUAGUAACCCCACACUCGGGUCAAAACAGAGAAGGCCUGGGUACCGUAGAAACUCCGUCUACGAAGUCCACCUCGCCGCUUUUCUUUCAGCACCACGGCCCUGUGGGAGAUUCGGUGGUUGAGUUUCGGGUGUUGAAGGUGGCCCGGGGAGCGGCGGCGGAGACGAAGAUGCUCAAGCUGUGGCUGAGGUGCUGCCACCACUGAGGCAUCGUCAGUGUGCUGAACGGAGCAAGCAGAGCAGUCUUGACCUGGCAAUACACGAAUGGCCCAGGGAAGCCACCAGAUUGACAUUCAGGUUUUGCACGACCUGCGCCAGAAGUUCCCUGAAGUUCCAGAGGGUGUUGUUUCCCAGUGUGUUCUGCAUAAUAACAACAAUUUGGACGCCUGUUGUGAGUACCUGUCUCAAGUAAGCCCAGGCUACUUGUACAGCAAAGGAGGCAAACUCAACUACACUAACGACCCCAGCUUCAUCAGGUUCCGGAAUCCCAUGACCCAGCUGAACCUGGGCCUGCAGUCUCAGUCUCAGAAUGUGCAUGCGACCCCGGGAAGGGACGGCCUGAGGAUGAACGGCAGCAGGACACUGUCCCACAGUCUUAGCCUGAGUGACGGGCCCCUACAGACAGGACAGCCCCCGAAUAGUGACUUCUUCCAGCAGGAGCCCCAGUCAGCCCCGGUGCAGGUGCCCGCCAGCCUCAAUGUGUUUGGCGUGAUGGAGCCCACGCGCAAGACCCAGCCGCCCCAGCACCUGGGACUCUACCAGCUGGGGGGGAAAGGACAAUCCAUGGGCCAACAUGGCCAGCAGAUGCCCCGCUUCAACCCCAUCACCGUCACCCUGGCCCCCAACAUCCAGACGGGUCGCAACACCCCCACCUCUUUGCACAUACACGGUGGGCCCCAUACACAGUCCGGCUUGAGCAGUCCACAGGGUAACUCUAUCUACAUAAGGCCUUACGUGACCCAGCCCAGCGGUACAACCCGGCAAAGCCAGCAGCAGCUUCAGCAGCAGGCAGGAAGGGCCCAGUACAGCCCUACCUCCCAACCCCAGCAGCAGAUCUACCAGAUCUCCCAUCCCACCUCACUGCCUGGCUCCUGGACAGGCCCUUCCUCCCAGCAGCACCAGCACGGCUCCUCACAUACCUCACAGCACCAGUCACAGGGCCACCAGACCUCCCAUGUCUACAUGCCCAUCAGCUCCCCCACCAACCCACAGGCCCCCUCCUCUAUCCUCCAGGCCCCCUCUGGAGGUCAGGGCUCCUCUUCUGGUGCCUCCUCCUCUGGCAUGCCCUUAGGCAUGUCCUCCUUCAGCCAGUACAACAUCCAGAACAUCUCCACCGGACCGCGCAAGAACCAGAUAGAGAUCAAACUUGAAUCUCCUCAGAGGAGCAACUCCAACACGACCACGGCCGUGCUGCGCACCAGCAGUGGCCCCCGCUCCAACUCCUCCACCUCCUCCUCCUGCCCCUCAUCCUCCUCCUCUGUCGGGGCAGCACCUGGCCCAACCACCACCCCCCUGUCCAUCGGAGGCCCAGGUCUGAGCCGCAGCCAGCCCACUGUUUACAUCUCUGCCAGCCCGCCCACUGUUGCUGCUACCACCCCCUCUGAAGAGGCCAACAUGGCCUCAUCCGGCUCUCGCUCCCAGCCCAAGUUUUACAUUACUGCUAAUAACGAUGACGGUGGGGGCAGAAACCCUCCAACCGUCUACAUCUCUGCCCAACCACCUCCGCACGGGUCCCAGGGGCCCCGCAAUAUGGGGGGCCAGGUGAGCAUGGGCCCCGCCUACAUCCACCACCACCCACCCAAGUCCCGCGCGUCUAUGGGAGGGGCAGGCACAGCCACCUCGCCCCGAGUGGUGGUCACCCAGCCCAACACCAAGUACACUUUCAAAAUCACCGUGUCCCCCAACAAGCCCCCAGCGGUCCCCGGCGUCGUGUCCCCCACCUUUGAGGCUACCAACCUCCUCAGCCUCCCCUCGGACCACCAUUUUGUGGAGCCUGACCCACAUCAUCUCUCAGACCCACUGUCUGUACACAGGGAGAGGCCCAGCGAGCCACGCAGACUCAGCAUGGGCUCAGAUGACGCAGCAUACACACAAGCCCUGUUGGUUCACCAGAAGGCCCGCAUGGACCGGCUGUGGCAUGAGCUGGAGCUGAAGAAGAAGAAGCUGGAGAAGCUAAAAGAGGAAGUCAACGAGAUGGAGAACGAUCUGACCAGGAGACGGCUAGAACGAUCCAACUCCCAGUCCCAAAUCCCCUCGAUUGAGGAAAUGCAGCAGUUGCGAUGCAACAACAGGAUACUGCAGAUCGACAUUGACUGCUUAACUAAAGAAAUCGAUCUCCUUCAAACAAAAGGACCACACUUUAAUCCCAGUGCCAUUCAUAACUUCUAUGACAACAUUGGAUUCCUAGGUCCUGUCCCACCCAAACCCAAAGGUACUUUAUCUGUUGAGCCAGAGGGCCUGGGGAAAGACAGGAGAACAUUUAAUGUCACCUCCACCCUAACCAUGGAACCCUCCUCUGCCCUUCCUCCCCCUGCUGCUCUCCCUCUGGAGUCGAGCAGUAAGAGCGUUAAGACUGUAGCAGACCAGGAGGAAGACGAGGGGACGCAGUGGAGCUGUACGGCCUGCACCUUCCUCAACCACCCCGCCCUCAACCGCUGUGAACAGUGCGAGUUCCCACGGCACUUCUGAGCCACAAAGACGCCAACAAUACCAACAACCCGCAUCACAUUUCAAUGCGAAUCAAAGAAACUACAUUAGAAAAGACUGUUUUUUCCCCUUCUUUUUCUAGUGGUAAGAAAAUGAAUGGACAGGGGUUUGUAGUUUUUUCCAUUUUGGGACUGUUUCUUUCCCCCCUCCUCCAAGGUUUGUAGUUUUUUCCCAUUUUUGGACUGUUUCUUUCCCCCCUCCUCCAAGGUUUGUAGUUUUUUUCCAUUUUGGGACUGUUUCUUUCCCCCCUCCUCCAAGGUUUGUAGUUUUUUCCAUUUUGGGACUGUUUCUUUCCCCCCUCCUCCAAGGUUUGUAGUUUUUUCCAUUUUGGGACUGUUUCUUUCCCCCCUCCUCCAAGGUUUGUAGAAUGCUAUCCACUGAAGGCUUGACUGGAUAGUGUUUACAGGUUGUGUUACUUUACUAAGCCAGCAGAGUUGGAUGAUACCUCACCUUGGAGUCUCUGCAUGCGUGGGGUCACCCCCCUCUCCCUCCUCCUGCUCAACGCUCGGCAGGCGACUUUACCCCUGGGGGUGCCUCGCCUUUUCCAUAUACAGUAUUAACAAGUUGUCCUGCAGUGUGUUGGCACACACAAACACGUAAGCCAAUAUGGGUGCCAACGUGCAUUUGCUGAUUUUUUUCUUCUGUGAUGGCCUAAUCAGGAAUGGGAACUUUGGUCAGCCGUCACCUCACACCUGAAGGGAAAACUAACAGACUACUUGUUGACAAUUUGUUUGGUUUCUGUUUCUAGAGGAUGACAGGGGGAAACUUACUGCCACCAAAACUUUUCUCUCGUCUUCUGUAAUGUCCCUUAUCAAUCUGCGUCUCUUCAAUCUAGAGUAAAAAGAACGGAAACUCAAUUGCAUGUUUUAUGUGUACAGUACAUGGAGGGAGGAAAUACCCUUAUGCUUUUUACUGUACAUCAUUUUUGAAUGUGCCUUAAAUGCCUUCUUCCUCACUAUGAAUCACUUGUAUUUCCUGUAAGUAUAGCUUUAUAGACUUUAUUUACUUUGUUUUGUCUUGUUUUGUUUCCAUUUUCUUUCAAACCAAUAAGUACGGUGUCCCUUUUAAGCUUUUUACUUGAUUUCUGUGAGAAUUGAAGCAUUGUGGAAAAAAGAGGCGCAGUUGAAUGAAAACUGCAGUCAUGAAGCUUCUUCCGCUCAGUCUGUCGUUCAUCGCUUGUGUAUAUGCUGAAUUUCCUGUGUACGAUCUGCAGAUGCAGCAAAGUCAAAAGAAAGAUGGAGGAGUUUUUUUUUAGGAUGCAAGAACUCUUGGACAGGUGAAAAAAGCUCAUAAGCAGAAUGACAAACUGCCAUCUUAUCUGACAACUGGAAUGUAGGUUUAAUAUUUGGGGACUUUUACACCUCAGUGCCAAGAGAUGCAUGAAUUUUUACAGUUCACCUAAAACUUGCAUCAGAAUAGAAGCUUUCGAGUCGGAUGAAAGAAAGACGGACUUUGGUAAUUGUAUUAAGGCGUUAAGGCCCUUGUACAGCUUGGUGGAAGGUGACUGUUUCCUGAGGGCUUUCAGAAUCAAAAUAUUUUGCUAUGCAGUAUAAAUUGGGUAAGUGUUCCAAAUGAAUAUGUUUUAAAGUAUUCCUCUUUCAAAUCAGCAGAUAUUUAUAUAGGUAUGUGCUUUACCGUAUCUACCCCUGGCCAGAAGUUUAGAAUAUCUCUAAUAAAAGACAAUAAGGACAGUGCCAUUGUUAUAUUUCCAAUAAAGUGAGACAAAAUAGUGUCUGUCCUCAUUGUAUAAUCAUGUUUUUAUUUGGUUUAAUUUGUCCUGUGAAGCUUUUUUUUUAUGAGGAUAGUUUAAAAGUUUACCAUUGUAAUGAUUUUACAUUAAUUGUGGAAUGGGUUAUUAUUGUUUGUUUUUCACGUUGUGAAAUGCUGCCACACAUUACUGCCUUAGAAUGGCAUUUGUAUUGACAAUCUAUACCGUCACAAAUUAAGAUGUCUUUUUUUUACCAAAGCUUAGUAUUGUCAAAAACUGAUUCGGUAGAAGCCAAAUUCUUAGUUGUCUCUUAAGCACUUAUAACAUUUUUUUCUGUAAAAACCCCAAAGAAAAUUGUUCAGCUUUAUCUGCAGCUCGGUGUGAAGUCGGUUAAUAAAUGUUUUAUUCAUAAAAAAAACUAAUUUGGAUAACUAAAGUGUUUUUUUGAUUUUAGCUGGGAAAACUGUCUUUGUAACAGAUAAGUUAUUUGUAAAAAUAAAAAAAAAUCUAUUCUGAAA